ACUUUUUCAUGGUAAUUGACUUUUGGAUAUGAUAUUUUUCUGUCGGCUUUAGCCAUGAAGGACCGGAAUGAGACUCUCACCUUAGAGACUCAUCGGCGUGUUACACGCUCCAUGAUCAAGAACGAUGUGCGUAACACAAAGAUGACCAAAGUUGAGAAACGCAAGACAACGUUACGAAAAGUACCCGCAGGAAUAGUACUUUCGGCAUCUCGAAUCCCCCCGAUCUCCAAGGAACGAUUUGGCCUCAUCCAAGAAACUGUCGGAACAGAUCUGUACAAACUUCUCGUUGCAGCCGUUCUCUGGAAUCGUACUCGAGGAUCACAAGCCCGCCCUGUUUUCCAAAAGCUCAUAUCCCGGUACCCAACACCAAAUCACCUCGCAGAAGCAUGUUUCUCCGACCUUGCAAAUCUCAUCCGUCCAAUAGGACUCUACAACUCCCGCGCCGCUCGGUUCAUCGCCUUCGCCAAGACAUGGCUUGACCAACCACCCCAUAAAUCAAGGCGGUACAGAAAGCUACAUUAUCCCCUGCAGGGCACUGGCUUAGACAUCGGCAAGGAUGAAGUCUUGGAUGAAGAUGAUGAGAGACAGGGCUGGGAAGUGGCACAUUUGCCGUCGCUUGGUCCAUACGCCAUUGAUAGCUAUCGGAUCUUUCAUCGAGACAUACUGAGAGGUCUAGCUGACGACUGGAAUGGCUUGAAUGCAGUGCGGGGGUUUGAACCUGAGUGGAAGAGGGUUCUGCCACUUGAUAAAGAGUUGAGGGCUUAUCUUCGAUGGAUGUGGCUGAAGGAAGGCUGGAUAUGGGAUCCUGAAACUGGCGAUAAGAUUAAAGCUUCAGAUGAAAGGAUGGAAAUAGAGCAUCGUCGAUCAAGGAGUUUGUCUCCAGAGGGGUUUCGAGUACCCCGUCGAUGAACCCUGCAAGUCUUGUCUUUCCAUAGCUGAAAGGGAUCGGGCCUUGAGCAGUGGUCAAUCAUGUCUCAGACAUACUUCAGCUCCAAUCCUUGAAGAUGACUGUCUCGAAUCUAAACCAUGGGCUUCCUCCUUGCAUUAGCUUUCUUUCCUCGC